UAUAAAGUAAAAAUAUAUUAUAAAAAAGUAAUGAAUUACAAUGGAUAUUCUUCUUUUACAUGAUUUAAGAACUUGUUCGAGCAGAUUUUUUUCUCCAACAUAUAGUACAACGACAUACAAUGUCAUCGCGGCAGUCUGCACAUCGUGCUGCGGUCAUUUAAUUGCCGCAGUCACAGACACAGGAACUUCUUAACAGUGCCAUCUGCUGUAGUCUCUCAACGAUCACCUAUUCUCUAAAAUCUGCUGUAAAACGAUCUUUUCUCCAGGGCACAACAUGGUUUUCGGGAAGGCCUAUCUUGCUUGACAAAUCUUCUCAUUGCACGAGAAGAGUGGGCUGCGGCAAAGGAUCGGAAUGCUCCUGUGGAUGUAAUUUUCAUAGAUCUAAGUAAAGCCUUUGAUAAGGUUUCACACUCUGGUCUUAAAUUCAAACUGAAACGUUUUGGAAUCCAUAACACAGUCGUCGAUUGGAUAAGUAACUUUCUCCAUGACAGGAGACAAAGGGUAAGGGUUAAUGGGGCUCUCUCCUCGUGGGUACCUGUAAAAUGUGGGGUUCCCAAGGCACAAUCCUAGGUCCUCUUCUCUUUUUACUUUAUGUAAAUGAAUUGCCAACUGUAGCAAAAUCAUCCGUUCUACUCUUCGCUGAUGACAUAAAGAUUUGGAGACCCAUACAUAGUAUGUCGAAUAGAAUAGUAUUACAGGACGAUCUUAGCUCAUUGGUGGCAUGGUUAGACAGGUGGUCACUAGAAGUAAAUCCUAAUAAGAGUGUAGUGAUGCAGUUAAAUAACUCUGAUGAAUCGUAUGACUAUACACUACGUGGAUUCGUGCUACACAAAGCAAGAAACUAUAAAGACUUAGGAGUUAUAUUAAGCAAUGAUCUCAAAACGACUAGUCACUGUAAGGCUGCUGCUGCAAAAGGCUAUAGGGUAUUAUGGUCAAUUCGUAGGUCUUUUCAGUAUUUAGAUGAUGAAAUGUUUGGAUUACUAUACCCGAUUUAUGUGCAACCACAUUUAGAAUACGGGAUUCAAGUAGCGAGUCGUCGAGACUCGCAUCGACGACCAUUCGAAUCAGCAUACGAAGGACCCUUCAAAGUUCUUCAACGUGAAUCUAAGUACUAUAUAGUCGAUAAGAACGAAACAAACGAUAGCAUCAGCAUCGUUCGCUUAAAAGCAGCGUAUUUAGAAGGAAAUCCUAUCUACGUGGAUUUUCCUUCGGUGCAAUCGCACAACACGACUCCUACACUCAUAAUUCCUCAACCGACAACCAACACUAGCGAUGAUACACCGAAUGUGUCUGAUAAUAAACCUAAAACGACGCGUUCUGGAAGAAGAGUAAGAUUUCCAGAACAUUUAAACGACUACUGCACGUAAGGCACUACUCGACAUUUUAUAUUAUCUCGAUUUUUCCUUUUACGAUAUAUAAUAUUUC